GACAGAAAGACUGCAGAUGAGGAAAGAUGGAGUUUCUAUUCAUGAUAUUUUUGCUCGGCUCUGCUCUUUUCGGGCUCGGCUCCGGAUACACCACGUCUGGCUAUUCCUGCCUGUAUAACUGCGGCUACAAUUUCGGGUCGUGUUCCUGCACCAGCCCCUGUCAGUACUAUGGAAACUGCUGUCAUGAUUAUUACGAUUAUUGUACCGACACGACUGUAGAGUUCGAACUAACAACAGGUGCAGCUUGUGGUGGAAGUCUGACUCAGUCACGAGGGGAGUUUUUCAGUCCCCAAUACCCCAGUAAUUAUCCCAAUUAUGCACACUGCACAUGGACCCUGCUGGCUGGAGAACGGCAGGUGGUUUUGUUAGACUUCAUGUUUGUCGAUAUGGAGUCAUGCUGUGACUUCAUUCGUGUCUACAAUGGUCCGACUGCACAGCAUUCACUUUUGGGCUCUGUGACAGGAAAUCAGAUCGCUUCAUUCAACUCCAGCUCCAGAUACAUGACAGUCGUUUUCUCCACUGACGGCAGUGUGACUGGACGAGGCUUCCGGGCUCAAUGGUCUUUCAAAUCUCAAUAUUCCUGCCGGUAUAACUGCGGCUAUGAUUUCAGCUUGUGUUCCUGCACCAGUUCCUGUCAGUACUAUGGAAACUGCUGUCAUGAUUAUUACGAUUACUGUUUCUAUGAGACGUCAGCUCCUGUACCAGCCUGUGGGGGGAGUUAUUACAGCUCAGGCUUCAUCUCCAGCCCUUAUUACCCUGAUUAUUACCAUGACAACGCGUACUGUAUAUGGCAGCUCCAGGCUCCAGCAGGACAGACCAUCUUCCUCUCAUUCCAGAACUUUGAUCUGGACCGCUGCUGCCACUGUGAUUAUGUAAAUGUGUAUGAUGGUCCAUCCACUGGGUCCCACUUGUUAGGAAAGCUCUGUCACAAUGAAACAAACCAUCUGGAUUUCCAGUCGUCCUCGUCCUUCUUGACCGUACUGUUCAGGAGUGACUACUCCGGGGUCGGGCGUGGCUUUAAUGCCUAUUUUAGCUCCUCCCUCAACCACAACACAGGCAGAGUGAAUUGCUCCUCUGACUGGAUGAAUAUCGCCAUCCGGAAAUCAUAUUUGGACUCGCUGGGCUUCAACUGGCAUGACCUUUACCUGGAUGACCAUCGCUGCAGACCUUCAACUGACAACACCUAUGUAACUUUCAACUUCCCGCUCAAUAGCUGCAGCACUAGGAGAAAGACCCAGAAUGGCCGUAUUAUUUACACCAACAAUGUUCGGGCAGCUCAAUCAAUGUCAGGUGAGAUCACGCGACGUAAUGGACAAUUCCUGAUGUUUGUGAGCUGUGUCAUGGAACGUGAUGCUUCCGUCGGUACACUCUAUGAAGCCAAAGAGAUUUCAAAUGCAAACAUCACUGGAACGGGUCGGUUCAACACCACCAUGUCCUUUUACCCAUCCCCCAGCUUUUCCUACCCCAUCACAGAAUUUCCUUACAGAGUGAACCUCAAUCAGGAACUGUACGUCCAGGUGCAGCUUACCCGAGCAGACCCAAGUCUCCACCUGUUCAUCGACACCUGUGUGGCCUCCCCCAACAGCGAUUUCAGCAUCCGCAACUAUGACCUUAUUCGCAAUGGGUGUGGGAGAGAUAGCACGGUAUACAUAUACAGGAAUGGAGAUCGUUAUUUUGCUCAGUUCAGAUUCCGUGCAUUCAUGUUCCUGCGCACACACAACCAGGUGUUCCUCAGGUGUGACGUUGUUAUCUGUGCUGACAAUGACUACAACUCACGUUGUCGCCAAGGAUGCCGUUAUCGCAAGAAAAGAAGCUUGAGCUCUGAUCACCACACUGAGGUUCUCACCAUUGGGCCAAUCAAACUGAAAGGUCCAGAGGAAGAUGUGGCCAAAAAGAAGGAUGAGGAGUGAACUCACAAUAAAUGAUCAUUUUAUCAUGUAAUAUAGAUAACUGUGAAUCAUUUUACUAACCGUCCUUUAUUAAAGCAUUCUUCAAAGGCA